AUGGCCAACGGGAUCAUUUCACUCCUCAACUGGGGGAACAUAAAAUCCCUCCUCCUCUUCUUCGGACCUAUCCUCCUACUUCGCAUCAUCAACUACUACCGCGCUUUCCGAGUCCAACUCGCUCAUCGCCCUCCUCCUCGACCUAUACUAACUGAAGCAAACCGAGCACUGAAUCUAUUAUUCGGAGUGAUCGUUGUAUUCUUGAUACUAAGCGUACCGUCGAAUCCCUACGCGCCACCCCCGAACAUAUUCACACAGACCGGAUCUCGAAUCAAUACACCUACAGAUAUCAUCUUUGCUCGUUUAGCGCGACACAGACCUGAUAAUGAGUUGACGGACUAUGAUAAACUGCUAAGAGGGAAUCUGACAUCGAUCGCACAAAAGAAGAUUUACUUGCGUUUCGGUCCCGAGGCGCUUUUAUCGUGCCAGUUCUGCAAUCCGGAGGACCCGUUUUCGUAUCUUUUAUUUUACCUACCGCUCAACACGCUGGUCCCUCAUCUGAUUCAUUUGCUUACCCUCGGGGUCGUGACAUCAGCCCCCUUCGCGGGCACGGAGGCGGCCCGAUGGCGGUCGUGGUUUACAUUUGCUGCAUUGGGUUUGGCUGGUCUUGAUUGCUAUAUCAUGAGUUCAUACGAUCCCAUCGCGGCUGCAAGCCCGGCCGUUCGCGCCGGCCAGGUGCCGCCGUUGAGUCUCUUUACCACCAUGAAUAUGAUCCGAUUCUUAUCCUUGACCGUAUUUGACGUCGUCUGUGCCGCAUUGAUCUAUAUCUCUGCUACCCAUCGCUUCUUUUAUAGUCCGCCCUCGCCCAACGAGCAGAUCAAUCAUGUUAUUGCCGCUGCUACAGCGGCGUUGAACAGUGCCAAUUCUAAAUUACACAGUUUGAGUGUGACUCGGAAUGCGGUGGUGCGGGAUCCGUCGCUCAAGGCUCGUGAUGACUGGUAUUGGAGGGCGGCGGUGGCCAUGGAAGGUUCGAGCGAUGCGAACAGCUCUGGAGAUGGUAGUAUUUGGGAGGAGGAAGAGGUGGUUCGGGCAAUGUCGCGAGUGAUGAAUGGCCGGGGCCGUAGUCGAGGUUUGGAUAUGGCUCAGCUGGGUAUCAAUGCUGGUGAAUUUGUUGACAAGAUCACUGCUGGGUUAGAAAGUGGUGCUUCACUUUGA